AUGGACACGUCCUACCCCCGUGARGGCCCCCGGGCCUCCACUCCCCGCCAGGUUGACGGUGCUGCCCACACAGCCCUGGUGCUGGGACCGCCAAGCCCCCCGCCUCGCGACCACUUGAUCUGGUCCGCCUUCAGCACACUCUACCUGAACCUGUGCUGCCUCGGCUUCCUGGCGCUGGUGCACUCCAUCAAGGCCCGAGACCAGAAGGUGGCCGGGGAUCUGGAGGCAGCACGGCGAUACGGCUCCAGAGCCAAGUGUUACAACAUCCUGGCUGCGAUGUGGACGCUGGUGCCUCCGCUGCUGCUGCUGGGGCUGGUGGUGACCGGUGCCCUGCACCUCUCCCGCUUGGCCAAGGACUCUGCGGCCUUCUUCAGCACCAAGUUCGAAGACACAGACUAUGACUGA